AGUUGAACUAUAUUUCUCGCCCAAACAGCACGUCAUCCAAGAGUGCACGCAAGAAUUAUUGUGGUUGGCUAUAUUGCUUCACACACCACCCCCUUUGACCACUGCAGUGAUUCUAGAUAGAAAUACCGCGAAUUGCAACACACUGGAGGUGAAAUGGUAGAAGGACAAACCACAGACAAAGUACAAUUUAAUUUUCUGCGCGAAAAAAUUCAUCUCGUGUUGGACAGUUCAGUUCCACAUAAUUCACGAGGGUAGAGAGCUUUUGCCGCUUGAGAGUGAAUGACUGUUGUUGAAAUAGAGAGAGGAUUUUUCCCACAGAAAAUUCCUUUGAAGUGCCGUGUGCCAGUUAGUGCGGUGUUUCCACGGAUUAUCAGCGUUCUCUUGGCACCCACUUUUGCCACCCCCAACUGCCAGAGCUUUCCUACUACAUACACACCAUCCACCCGCAAAGGGGUGAGUGAGAGGACAUUCGAGGAAACCAGGACGUAGCCGAAAAAAAAAGAAAUAACACAGCACCAUAAAAUCUCCGUCAGCACUUUUCACGUUCCACAGACGAGGUCUAUCGAAGUGAAAGCAUGGACGAGUGACAAAGUGGAGAAAAAAAGGAUAAUUUUUCUCGUAUAUCAGGCGGGGAGUGUGAGACUCUUAUCUUAUUUGCCAUUGACAUAAAUAUUGAGGUAUAGUGGUAUUUGCGCCAUAAUAUUCCCUGAGAUGAAAUACUGAAGUGGUGCUCCUCUUGUGUGGUUAUUGCUAAAUGGAUCACUAAAUUGCUUAAAGAACAAAAUAAUACUUUAAUGCCUUUUGGGUGAGAAAAUCAUUUGGGGAAAGAGAAAAACUUUCACAUAGGAAAAAAACAAGAGACGCACGCCACUGUACGACAGAUUAACCCCCAAAUCAUUGGGGAUGGAUUUGUGGCUGUGUCAUCUUGGCGACACACCGGAUUACUCCGGUAAGCACCACCGAAGGCGCAUCAAUAUACCAUCGAGAUACGCCAACAUUCCAUCCGCAAGGUGUUGAGGAGAAGCUCUCACAUUUUUUCUCACUCCCAUUUACCUAUCGCGAAUAACCCUAGGACAAAAGAGUGUGAUAAAAAUUUAAUUAAAUUCAUUCCUUUCGCACAGCGAACGUGAGAAAAGUUAAUUUAAUAAAGUGAUUCCACGCAGUCAACCCUUUUUUUGGGAAAUACACCAAACCUGGCGUAAAGGGCUGCUUUUCUGGUGAGAGAGUGGAGCAGAGAAAAAAAUAUAUUAUAUAGAAAGAAACAAGAAAAACAACAUUUUGCGCGUAAAAGUGGUGAAACGAGAGUGAAUGUCCCCGAGGGUAGAACAAAAAUGUUAAAUAAAGUGAAAAAUAAGGGUGGCCAGUGAAUUGAACAAUCGUGAAUAAUUGAUCGUGAGGGAAAUGCCAUGGAGUUGUGGAUUAUUUUUCCUGUGAGCUUACUAACCCUUCUAGUCAACGUGAUAGGAUUCAUUAAUGUGGAGGCGCCCAGCUACUGGGACACCCCCUUUGCCCAGCCCUACUUCGACAACACAACGAAGCGAGAUCUUACAGCCACAGUGGGCCAAGUGGCUCUCCUGCGCUGUCGAGUCCGCAAUCUUGGCGACAGAGCCGUAUCUUGGAUACGAAAACGUGACCUACACAUACUCACAAUUGGCAUCAUGACCUAUACGAAUGAUCAACGAUUCCAAAGUCUACACACUGAGGGGUCAGACGAGUGGACGUUAAAGAUUUCCUCCCCACAGCUUAGGGAUUCAGGAAUAUACGAGUGCCAAGUGUCGACGGAACCGAAAAUUAGUAUGGCAUUCAGGCUAACGGUUGUAGUUUCGAAAGCGAAAAUUCUGGGUAAUCCCGAACUAUUCAUCAAGAGUGGCAGCGACAUAAAUCUCACGUGUGUCGCCAUCCAAGCCCCUGCGCCGCCAUCCUUCAUCUACUGGUAUAAGGACGGCCGUCUUAUAAACUAUUCACAGAGAGGCGGCAUUAAUGUCCUCACGGAACGUCAGACACGUACGAGUAAGCUCGUGAUUGCACGGGCCACGCCCGCCGAUUCUGGCAAUUACACCUGCUCCCCAAGCAAUUCGGGUGAGUUCAUCGACCUGUAUUAUAGAAGUGACGGUGUCAUCCCAUGGUCUUGGCUUCCAGAUCAAGCCAGCGUCGUGGUGCACGUGAUCAAGAGCGAGCACCGCGCCGCUAUGCAGCACGAAACCAGCGCGUCGUCAUCAUCACACAGCUGGUCAUUAUUUAUUCUUCUCGCCAUUCUCAUUUUUGGCAUCAGAUGAUGAGUGUUGACCAUUCUCUAAUGCAUCAUAGUGCCAUUACCAACCACUGCACUGGCCCAAAUUAAAGAACUGAUAGAUGUGUGAACGACUCGACAUGGUACUACUUGAUACUUGAAAAAUGAACCACUCCAGGAAGGAAGCAGACAAGGAUUUUCCCGGGGUAAAUCCCAUGGAAAACUCACUCUCCAGGUAUUAUUCCGUAAAUCACCUUGAGCAGAAACAUUCAAACCAAAAUGUAUUUGCUCUAACCUUACUUUAGUUACCAUACAUGAUAAAAAAAAUCCCAUGGAAAAUGGAUAGCAAAAUAGAGCAGAGAGAGAUAAAAAUAGUUGCAAAAUGUACAGAUGUGAUCAAUGAGACAUUAAAUUUGACACGAGUUCUUAAUAAAUAUUAAAGAAAAUCAAGAGUAAAAAAAAGCGCUGAAAUAUUUUAGAUCCUUCUAUACAAAAUAAUAAGACAGUAAAGAAAAUCUUUUUAUUAGGAAAUUCUACUAAAAUGAGUAAAGUGAAUGGGAUGAGAAGGAGAUAAAGUCCACAUGUUUCCACCCCCUCAGAUAUCUGUGUACGAUCUGUGUAUAAAUAAUGUGAUAUACGCAUUGGACUAUGAAAAUAUUUAAUUUAAAUAAAAUCAAUAGUAAUUUUCGCCAUCAUCAUUCAUUUCGGAGCUUCAUGAGAAUUUUCCCAGGCCACCCAUCACACAUACCCUAAUUUCUGUCUCGUACCCAAAAUAUUAUUAUUAAACUGCCUUUCAUAUUGCUUAUGUACUUAUGUAUGAAACAAAUGAAUGCUGUCGCACAGCAUGAGCUCCCGAUAGAGUCCUAAUCUCGCAUCAAUCCCCAAAUGAGCUUGAUGGGGAACGCGAGUGCACCCAACUGGACGUUCAGAAUGGCUGAUCUCGCUGUGUACAAUGUUGUGUAGAGAGCCUACAAAAUUAAUUUCCGUUCUAAUCAAUAUACCCCACCAAAAUUGCAAAAGUAAUUAGCCAAAGAGAGCGUGAGAAAAAAAUGUUUAUAUGUUAACAGAAAAUAUGGAAAUUAUGGUAUUAUUUCAAUUAACUUUUCACCUUUCCUCACCAUUAGUUAUGCUUGUGUGUUUCCAACAUUUGCACCGUAUGGGCUUAUUGAGGCAACGGCGUAGAAUAAAAUAUUUUACCAUCCCCUCCCAUCCCUCCGAAAAAAUUGUUAUUUUUUACCAUCAUCACCUAUAAACAGGCAUUACAUGAGGGAAAAUUUAAAAUUUCCCAUGGAUAGGCGGUCAUCAAAUACACACAAAAAAUAUCCAGUACUGAAUUUUUUAUUACUCAAUCAAAUUAAAUGGGAUGCCUUUGCAAUACACCCACAGAAAAUCAAAUUAAUUAAUAAAGCAUGUUGCCCAUAAAAAGGGGGAGUUUUUCUGCAUAUUGCAAUUUAUUCAUGUAUUUCAAAGCGCGGUUGGAAAAACAAAGAGCGUACCAUUGGUGGGAGUUGGAAGAAAAUUUAUUUAAAAAAAAUAUUUAUGCUUUAUUAAUGCCCCUUUUUAUUGCCUACACUCGGAUAGAUGGAUGUUUUUCACAUGGGCCAAGUAUUGAGUUAUUCACGUCAGUCAGAGAUCAUUUGAUUCUUGACAGAGGUAGGCCAUGUGGGUGCCUAAAAUCGUCAGGAUAUUACCAAAACCGUGUAGACAAAAACAGAGAAGGCAUUCAAAAAAAACUUUAUGAAAUUAUGUUUAAAUUCCACAACGUUUCGUUUAAAAAAAAACUAGUUUUUUGUCAAAAAGGUAAUUAAUUCUAUCUAUUACAUAACGCAGGACAUAAAUCAAAUCAACAUCAAAAUAAUUUGUAAUAGAUUUUAAAAAUUUAUUGCAAAAUUUCAAAUGUUUUCCAAUUGAAAAUAAAUUAUUUUAAUACCUUGUAAAUAUCCUUAAUUCCUCUGGUUUGCACAUUUCAGUGAAUGACAAAAUAGUUCAUUGAACAUAAUUAUUAACAAUGUUUUAUUAAUUUUGUACCCAAUAAUGCAAUAGAUCAAUAUGUACAAACAAUCAGAUUGUUAUGUAUAAUUAUGGGAUGUUGACAAAAAUUAAAAGCAAAAUUUCAUUUUCACGUUGCUUAUAUUGGAUUGUCCAAUAUUUUGUUCAGAUAAAACUUUAAAAAAAAUUGAAAAUAUAUGAGGGAAAUUCCGGAGCUUUAUGGGACAACCAUAAAUACUUUGAAAAAAAAAAUAAUUCCAGCUUAAAAAACUUUCCUAACUCCAGACGUCUGCAAACUCAACAUUUUUAAGUUUUCCCAUUCUCUAAAGGCUUCAUCAAUUUUCCUGCAAGAAACCAUUAUUGAUUUUCUCAUCAAUAUAGGUUGGAAAUUAUAUUACAAAGUCUUGAUAGGUAAUUUUAAUUUUUUCAAAAAUUAGUCGCCUUUUUAGAUAUUCUACUAACUUUAAUACAUUAAAAUUAAUUUAAUUAAAUUUAAGAAUAAGAAACCUCCAAAAAGAAAAAAACCAUAAAGUCCACUUUUAAUUUAAGCAAUUAUAUGGAUUUUUUGGGGUAUUGAAACAGAUUCUGCAGAUGUGAAGAAACCUUAUGGAAUUAAACUUAAUCCUCUGUUUCUUUUUUAAUUAAUUUUCUCCGCCAAUGUUUCGGAUCCUGAUAGACCGUGGAAAAUUAAUUUAAAAAAAAAAAAGGAAAACACGAUAAUCGAGUUUUCCAAUUAAUGCUUGUUCCUUUUUGUGAAAGUUUUGAUGUUAAUGUUGCCGAAAUAUUGCUGCAUUUAUUAGGUGUUUAAAUUAAUUUUCAUAGGUAGAUGCUUCAAUUUUGAUAGCAUGUUUAUUUUAAUUCACAAAUAAUACCAUAAAAAGUACACGCCACCGUUCUCUGUGCAAUCCAAACCUAAAUCAUUCUGACUCAUUUAAAUUUAUUGAACCUGAAAUUUCCAAUGAUUUUGGCAAUUUAAUUACCUACCUACACCUAAAAGGAACAUUAUUUGCUGUGUUUUUGAUACAUUUUAACAGACUUGUUUUAAAAUAUAUAUCACCAAUGUGGUCUCCCAUACAUAGAAUGUUUCUCCAGCUGAUGUAUUUAAUAAAAGAAUCAUAAUAGGAAAAUUAAAAAUAAAAUAAAAUGAAUAAAUCCAAUAGAGAAAAAAGAGAAGGAAAUGUAUUUGAGAUUUUGUAAAUAAAAAAAUUUAUGUAAAUAGCAAAAAUUAUGUAUAAUGAGAUAAUAAAUAAUUCAAUGAAAAAUAUAGGUAAAGAA